GGAGGGGGCUGGGGGGCGUGUUUUCUUCUAGUUGCUCCAUAAAGGGCAGAGGGAGAGAGUUUAGGGUGCACUGCAAGGACCUGAGCUCUUUAUCCCCAGGUCCUUUCCUCCUGCACAUCAGCUUUGAGCCCUGAGCUGGUGCUUCUCUCUGGGACAUGGCAAGCCCGAUGACCGUCGUAACCAGCCUUCUGUUCCUUGCUGUCUGUGCCCACCACAUCAUCCCUACGGAUUCUGUGCUGCUCCCCUCUACCUGCUGCAUGUUGUUUAUUUCCAAGAGAAUUCCUGAGAACCGAGUGGUCAGCUACCAGUUGACCAACGGGAGCAUGUGCCUCAACGCAGGGGUGAUAUUCACCACCAAGAAGGGCCAUGAGUUCUGUGGCGACCCCAGGCAGGAGUGGGUCCAGAGGUACAUGAAGAACCUGGAUGCCAAGAAGAAGAAAGCUUCCUCUAGGGCCAGGCCAGUGGGUGUCAGGGUGCCCAUUCAGAGACUUCUCAGCAACAGAACCACCCUCUAAUCACCGCCCAGGCCUCCAGCCCUGAGUCUGUUCCUGGUCUACUAGGGGACUGGGGAAGCCAUAGUGAUGGGGGGAAGGGCUAAUUUUCCUUUUUCUUAGCAACACUCUCCAGGGAUGUGUCUCGUCUAUGAAAAACCCAAGGGAGCAGGCGAUAUGGUCCUCGGCGGGGGUUGGCGGGGAGGGCCUGAGGAAUGGCUCCAAGCAUCUGUGGCCUCUUGCUUUUCUGGAGCUGGGGAGAAGAUCCUGGAAGGAGGGCAGGGACAACUCUUUACCCUUCUUCUGACCUGGUUCAAAUUUUUUUUUUUUUUUGAGACGAAGUCUUGCUCCAUUGCCCAGGCUGGAGUGCAGUGGCACGAUCUCGGCUCACUGCAACCUCUGCCUCCUGGGUUCAAGGGAUUCUUGUGCCUCAGCCUCUUGAAUACCUGGGACCACAGGCGCAUGCCACCACGGCCACCUAAUUUUUGUAUUUUUAGUAGAGAUAGGGUUUCAUCAUGUUGGGCAGCUGGUCUCAAACUCCUGGCUGCAAGUGAUCCACCCACCUCAGCCUCCCGAAGUGCUGGGAUUACAGGCAUGAGCCACCACACCUGGCUUACUCAAACUUUUAUGUUGGAAAAAAAAAAAAAAGUAAAUCAUAAUUUUUUUUAAAGAGACAGGGUUUCACUAUGUUGGCCAGGAUGGUCUCGAUCUCUUGACCACGUGAUCUGCCUGCCUUGGCCUACCAAAGUGCUGGGAUUACAGGCGUGAGCCACCGUGCCUAGCAAUUUUUUUUUUUUUAAAGAAAUGAACAUGGAGGACUGGGGUGAAGGGUCAGCUCGGGCAGUGUAAUAUUUUUGGGAAGAUAUGACUUUAAGAAGGUUCUCGGCUUUCUGACAGUUUGCUCCAUGCUGUUUUGGGGCCAAGGGCCUUUAAAUCUGUGCUCAUCCCACAUUUUGGUGAGGGGAAGAUGGGGUGGGCGAAAAGGGGGAUAAAAGACCCUAGCUUUUCUUCUUUCUAUGCAUGAGAUACUACGUAGGUUUAUCAAGAGCAUGGACACAUUUGCUGUUUUCAAAUAAUAGUUCAAAUAAAAUGUGAUCUUUUUUUCUUUGAA